AUGAAAAACUGGACGUCGGUUGCGAGCGUCGUGUCUUCUAUGCAGGCCCAAGGUCUCGUGGGACGCGAUCUGGCCGUGGCCUUGCACGAUUUUGUGCGCGAUAUUCCCUUUGGUUUCACUCGUCAAUUUGACCUGGCAACGGCGGACUAUACACUGCAACGUCAGCGUGGACACUGUACACCCAAAUCGGAACUGUUCGUGUCUCUUCUUCGUCGCGCCGGCUUUGCCGAUGCCACAGUGGUGACGGUAUCCAUUCCGGGAGAUGUUCUACACUAUUUGGGAUCCGGAGAGUCUUCGCCCUUCCCCUCUACACUUCAACAUUGCUUUACCCAGGUGACGGUGGAGAAGGGAGGGAAACUCUGUCGUCUAGAUUCAUACGUCAUUGAUCCGCCUCUUUUUCAAGCCGCACGGGAACGCUUGAAGGUAACUGGUAGGCACGCGGGCUAUGGUAUCCACAAAGAAGCCACAAACGAAUGGGAUGGUAGUCAAGAUGCCUUUUGUCAAUACGUGCCGUCCACCCAAACAUCACAUCUCGAGUUUUGCAUGAACUCGACAAAUGAAGUUGUGUCGCGACCCAAUUACUUACACAGUGGCUUCACAAGACUACUGCGCAUUCCCAUCAUAGGGUGGCCUGCGGGGGCUUGGCUGGAAACCCAGUCUAAAGUGUUUGAUCGCCUGCGGAACAGGAUUUCAAUAGAGUAA